CUUCAUACAUAACCUUAAAUUUAAAACUUCUUUUAUUUAUUUUGAUUUUAAUUAAUAUAAAAAAUGAGAAUUGUGAAUGAAGAAGUUUGUCACACAUGUCUAAAAGAAAAUAUUCAGCUGAUAAGCACCCUUGAAGUAGAUUCUAAUAGCACAGAUAUUAAAAGUAAACUAAAAUUUUGUGUUCCCGAAGUGGAAUGGACAAAAGGUUUUAUUUGUAAGUCUUGCGCAGAUUUAUUAAAUCAACUGCAUAUAUUCAAACAACAGUGUUUAAAAUCAAAUGAGAUUCUUACUCGAAAACAUGAAAGGAACCUGGCAGACAAUUCUGAUCAUGAAAAGGACCUCAGUGAUAAUGAGUCUUUUAUAGAUUCAGCAGCCAAUUUUGAAACUGAAGACAUAGCAGAAGAAACCAGUAGUACAAACGAAACAGACCUUUUACAUUCAUCUUUGCUGUCAGAAUAUAAAUGUAACAUUUGUCAAGACUCUUUUGAAGAUCGCAAAUUACUGUUCAAUCAUAAGAAGAAGAUACACAAAGAAGAACGUCCUUUUAACUGUCUUUUCUGUGAGCGACUCUUCGAUCAUAGUGGAGAACUGAAACGUCAUGAACAAGUACAUUUAAACCAGAGGAACUUCACCUGCGAUAUCUGCAAUAAAUCUUACAACACUGCAGUAAUUCUAUCGAAGCACAAACUCGUUGUUCAUUCAGAAAAAGAAGAAUGGAAGCACAUAUGUGAACAUUGCCACAAGAAGUACCCCAUUAAAUCAAGUUUGGAUCAGCACAUUCUCAGACAUCACACAAAUGCAGGCAGUAAUUUCAUAUGCUACCAUUGUAACGAAUGUCACAACACCCGCAAUUCACUCAUCCACCACAUCAAAUCCAAGCAUACCCUAAGAGUACUACGUACUGAAGAAUGUGAAGUGUGUAAGCAACCUUUUGAUGACCAAAGACUGCUAAAAAUGCAUCUGUUUAAUGAGCACAACUUACGAAUAAAUAUUAAAUCGUACGCGAAACGAAUGAAACAGUUUUCAUGUGAUAAAUGUGGGAAAAGAUACACAACAGUUCAAAUGCUCAAAAUCCACUCGCCAAAUUGCGAUGGUAUCAAAAGGCACGCCAAAAAGAAAAAUAACAACAAAAAUAACUAUACUGAUGAAAUGACUGAUUUUAACAAUGAACAAAAUGAUUCUCUAGAAGCUCAACAAAAAGUACCAUUACAAGGCAAAAAGCAAAGAAAAGUAAGCCUCAAAUGCGAACUCUGCAAUGAAUUCACAGGGACAUAUAAGAAGUUAAUGGCUCACGUGUCUGCCAACCACGACAUUGACCCCGAAACACUGAGACCUUACGAAUGUGUCCAGUGUAAAACAAAAUACAAAUCUUCUUUACAAUUGGCAAAUCAUAAGCGUUAUCACUCAACAGAAAAAGUUCAUAUGUGCAGUUUCUGCGGCAGGGGAUUCACGCAGAAAAAGGACAUGCUCAACCACGAGAAACUACAUUCAGACCGCAGAGACGUUCAGUGUGAGAUGUGCCCCAAAAGAUUCCACACGAAAAAUUACCUAAGAUCACACAUACUUGUCGUACACACGGACCGCAGUCUUUGGAAGUACACGUGUCCUUACUGCGGCCGGAAGUACGCCAUGAAAUCAAAUAUAGACGCACAUAUAAGACGGCACACCGGGGAAAAACCUUUCGCAUGUCAUUUGUGCGACAAAAAGUUUGCAGACAAGGCUGUUCUACAACGGCACUUCUACACACACUCGAAUGUGCGAAAUUUUAAAUGCGAUUAUUGCGAAAAAGAGUACAAAAGCAAUGACGUAUUGAAGAUACACCUGAAGAAGGCCCAUGAUGUAGGGAACGCAAAAGUUCCCGUUCCAGUUAAAAAAUUCGGUUGCGAUUUCUGCCCAAAAAUGUUCUCCGCCAAAAACAAACUCCGAAGACAUAUGUAUUCACACACGGGGGAAUUACCGUUUUCUUGCUACGUUUGCGAGAAAAAGUUCACGGACCGCUCUUAUGUUAAACACCAUUUAAGAUCUGUACAUAACAUUCAAGAAGUUAGUCAAGAUUAAUUAGGCGUAGCUUUUAUUUUAAUUACGAUAUUUUUAAUCAGUAUCAUCGCAAUCAUUAGUAACAGUUAUUAAUUAAAUUAAUAAAUUGUUUCCUGUAAAUAUUUUCACCUAUUUCACAUAAU